AAAAAAAGUUUCGCGUACCGCGUUCUCUUCUUUCAAGACAAACGAAGGGGACUUUCCAGACCAAAGGAGGAGAGAUUGGGACAUUGGGACUAGUAUCAAGAUGGUGGAUAUAAGACAGUUCUUUGGUAACUCAAAGGGGUCUAAGGGGUCUAAAAGAUCUGCAGAGACCGUCAAGCAAGCACCACCCAAGAAACCAAAAUUGACAAAGUCCAAAGACCAAGACUUUGUUGUGUUGGAUGACGACUUUGAUGAUGACGAUGCUGCGUUUGACGACGACGAUGAUGUUGAGUUCUUAGAAGAAUUGAGUAGUCUGCCAAAUGAGAAGGCCACCAAAAGAGGUACUCGCUCGUCAACGGCAAAGACGAAAGCCGCUUCGCCAGUGAAGACUUCUAAACCACCCGUGGAAUCACCUCAGAAGAGAAAGACCGUGACUCAUACUGAAGAGGUACCAGAAGAGACACCAAAGAAGUUAAGGACCUCUGAUGCAAGAACAACACCUAAGAAGACCCCUUCAAAAUCAGCGUCCCAAUCAACCGGUAUCACUGCAAUGGAUGUGCUUGCAAAGAUUCCUGAUGCCGAGUUACCAGAGGAUAUACCGACAGACAAGGGCACCUUCAACUAUCAACAGUUCAAAGCUCGCCAGGCGGACGUUGCACAUGCCCCUACCAAUCUUGAACUGCCUGUUGGCGCUCCAAAUUGUCUAACCGGCCUGACCAUGGUGUUCACAGGUGUCAUGCCCAACCUGGGAAGAGAAGAUGCGGAGGCAUUGGCGAAGCAGUAUGGUGCCAAAGUGACCAAGUCCAUAUCUGGAAAGACCUCUGUUGUUGUCAUUGGCGAAGAAGCGGGCCCGUCAAAAGUCCGUAAGAUUAAGCAGCACAAGAUCAAAGCCAUAGAUGAAGACGGCUUCAUUCAACUCAUCAAGGGAAUGCCGGAAGAAGGCGGUGAUGGCGAUGCGGCAGAGAAGGCACGCAUUAAAAGAGAAGAAGAAGAGAGGAAGGCUAUGGAGGAAUCAGCCAAGUUAGAAGCACAGGCUAAGUUAGAGGCUAAACAGAGAGAAAAGGCCAUAAAGGAGGCAAAGGCGUCUGGCAAACACCUAAAACCAUCCGAAUUGAAAUCUGACGAUGAGAAGUUAUGGACUGUUAAGUAUGCACCAACAAGACUAGACCAGCUGUGUGGUAACAAAUCAACAAUCGAGAAACUGAAACAAUGGUUAAUAGACUGGCCAAAGAAAUUCGGGAACAAGAAGCCAACAAAGGGAGAGACUGACUUCCGUGCUGUACUCAUCCAUGGACCACCAGGGAUUGGAAAAACCACAGCAGCGCACCUAGUUGCUGAAUCCCUGGGAUACGACGUGAUUGAGCAGAAUGCAUCUGACGUUCGUUCACAAAAGCUGUUGAACAGUAAGAUUGGUGGUAUUUUGGACAACACCUCUGUUGUUGGUUAUUUCCACCAUGAGACACCAAACGAUACUGAGAACAAGAACAAGUUCUGUAUCAUUAUGGAUGAGGUCGAUGGUAUGUCCGGAGGUGAUCGUGGUGGUGUUGGCCAGUUGGCUGCGUUUGCAAGGAAGACACAGGCCCCAAUGAUCCUUAUCUGCAAUGACAAGUCAUUACCAAAGAUGAGGCCAUUUGAUCGUGUUACUUUAGACCUACCCUUCAGAAGACCAAGCGCACGUGAGAUGAAAUCCAGGUUGAUGACUAUUGCACUAAGGGAGCACAUCAAGCUAGAUCCAAAUAUCAUUGAUAAACUAGUGGCAGCAACCAGCAACGAUAUCAGACAGAUCAUUAAUCUGUUAUCCACAGUGUCCACGACGCAAAAGUCCAUUGACUCUUCCAACACAAAGGAUAUCUCCAACGCAUGGCAGAAGAACAUUGCACUGAAGCCGUUCGAUAUCAUUCCAAGACUGCUCAACAGACAGUCGUGGAUGGAGAAUGGACCUUCGCCAUUAUACAAGAAGAUGGAAUGGUACUUUGACGACCAUGCCUUUGUUCCACUGAUGAUGCAAGAGAACUACUUGAACACCAGACCAGCAAAUGCACCAAGUAAAGUGAAACACUUAGAAUUGAUUGCCGAAGCUGCAGACACCAUCAGUCUUGGUGAUCUUGUCGAUAAGAGAAUCCACAGCUCGGAGCAGAUGUGGUCGUUGAUGCCACUGCACGCAGUGAUGUCCACUUUAAGACCUGCCUGUCUCAUCUCUGGCCAAGCUGGGGGCCGUAUAAAUUUCAGUGCCUGGCUGGGUCAGAACUCCAAGACUGGCAAGUAUCAGAGACUAUUGACAGAGCUGCAAUAUGACACCAGGCUGAGGACCGGCACUGAUCGUGUCGAGUUCAGACUGGAGUAUAUUCCAGUACUGGUCAAGAAACUGUUAAAGCCUUUAGUUGCGAGUGCUGAGAACAUACCAGAGAUCAUUGAGACCUUGGACUACUACUACCUCUCCAAGGCAGACUGGGACGUGCUAAUGGAAUACACAAUUGGUCCAGAGACCACAGCUCCUCUGCUGAAGAAGAUUCCAACAGCUACAAAGUCCAAGUUUACUAGGAAGUAUAACAGUGAAAUCCAUCCAGUGGCUAUAUUCAGACCUGGAAUGACAGAGACGACGAAGGGUAAAAAGGCAGCAGGUUCAGCAACACCAAAGGAGGAGGAAGAUACGCCUUUGGAGGAGGAGGAGCCUGAUAUUGUGGAAGAAUUUGACGAAUAGAAACUGGGGGUAUCCGUGUAUAAUAUCACUAUAAUGAAAGCCGGAGUGCUAACUGCUUACGUAAUACAUCAUCAG